AUGCGCCUGCCGAGCAUGUCCCAGCCCUUCCUGCUGGCGCCCAUCGCCGAGUGCCCCCCAGGGCCGCCCGGCGCCCAGCUCCGCCUGGCCGUGCUGGGUGCCCGCGGCGUCGGCAAGAGCGCCAUGAUCGUGCGGUUCCUGACCAAGCGCUUCAUCGGCGACUACGAGCCCAACACAGGCAACCUCUACUCCCGGCUGGUCCAUCUGGACGGGGACCACGUUGCCGUACAGAUCCAAGACACGCCGGGAUGCAUCCAGGUGCAGGAAGACUGCGUGCAGGUGCUGGACUCCCUGUCCAGGUGCGUGAAGUGGGCAGAGGGCUUCCUGCUGGUCUAUUCCAUCACAGACUACAGCAGCUACCAGUCAGUCCAGCCUCUCUACCAGCACAUACGCAAGGUGCACCCCGAUGCCAGGACUCCCAUCAUUAUUGUGGGGAACAAAGCAGACCUCCUCCAUGCCAGGCAAGUACAGGCAAAAGAGGGACUACAGCUAGCAAAUGAACUGGGCAGCCUGUUCUUGGAAAUCUCCACCAGUGAGGACUCCCAAGGUGUGUGUGAUGUCUUCCAGUAUCUUUGCAAGGAGGUCAGCAAACUACAGCAUGCUGGCAGCACGGACAGGAGGCGGUCAUCCAUCAUCCCUCGGCCCAAAUCUCCCAACAUGCAAGAUCUAAAGAGACGUUUCAAGCAGGCUUUAUCUUCCAAAGUCAAGUAAACCUCCUGAUGAGAUCCCAUGGGACUCAAUAGAGUUUAUUUUUGUAAACUAGUUAAUAAAAAUCUUUAUUUUUGUACUAAUGCCAGCAGUGUAGAAGUAAGUGUGUCAAAGCUUGCAAUUUCCUUGCUGUUCUUUCAUUUGACUAGUUGGGUUAUUUUU